AUGAAGCCUAAAGAUGUUACAUCCAAGAAUGAAAAAUCGUUGCUGAAAUCAAUUUGUGGAAAUGUACGAAAGGAUAAGAAGGGGAAAAUUAAAUUCAAAGUGGGUAAUAAAGUGCGAAUCAGCAAGUAUAAAACUGUUUUCGAAAAAGGCUAUAACCCCAACUGGACAACUGAAAUAUUUACAAUUAAAAAAGUGCAAAAUACCACUCCCGUAACAUAUAAGCUGGUUGAUGGAAAAGAAGAUGCAAUUGAAGGUGGCUUCUACCAAGAGGAGUUGAGUCACGUCAUGUAUCCAGAUGUGUUUCUCGUUGAGAAGGUGCUGAAGAUGCGGGGGAAGAAGGAAUAUGUCAAGUGGCUGAGAUUUGAUAAAACUCACAACAGUUGUAUAGACUCUAAUCAAAUGUAA